AUGGUAGAAGGGGAACCGAACUCUCCAACUUGGAAGUUCACGCAAUGUUUUGGUGAUAAAGGCGAUGUCGAAGAUAUAACAGAAGCGGAUAUCAUAUCGACAGUCGAAUUCGAUCACACCGGAAAUUACCUUGCUACGGGAGACAAAGGUGGACGUGUUGUUCUUUUUGAAAGGAAUGAGACGAAAAAAACAUGCGAGUACAAAUUCCACACAGAAUUUCAAUCUCACGAGCCCGAGUUCGAUUACCUCAAGUCAUUAGAGAUAGAAGAGAAGAUCAACAAGAUCAAAUGGUGCAAACGACAAAACGCCUCUCAUUACCUACUCUCAACGAACGAUAAGACUAUAAAGUUAUGGAAAGUGUUUGAGAAGUCACUGAAAGUUGUUGCAGAGAACAACCUUUCCCACGAUUUGACUCCAGGAAAUCCUGCAGGAGGUGGUGGAGGUGUUCGACCCAUAUCAAACGUACACUUCAACAGUGCUCACGACCUGAAAUUACCCCGCCUAACUCAUCACGACACUGUUGUUGCCGCAGUACCACGUCGAACAUAUGCAAAUGCACAUGCAUACCAUAUCAACAGCAUUUCAGUGAACAGUGACGGGGAAACAUUCAUUAGCAGUGAUGAUUUGCGAAUAAACUUAUGGAACUUGAAUAUUCAAGACCAAAGCUUCAACAUCGUAGAUAUCAAGCCCGCCAACAUGGAGGAGCUUACUGAAGUCAUCACGGCUGCAGAGUUCCACCCCCAAAGUUGUAACUGGUUUAUGUAUGCAAGUUCAAAAGGAACAAUCAAGCUUGCAGAUAUGAGAGAGAGCGCUCUCUGCGACCAACACGCAAAGCAAUUUGAACAGGAGGAAGAUCCAUCUGCUCGAUCGUUUUUCUCGGAAAUCAUUUCAUCCAUUUCUGACGUCCGAUUCUCUCAUGAUGGUCGAUACAUCCUUUCACGUGAUUAUCUCACUGUAAAAAUCUGGGAUGUUAACAUGGAGAGACAACCUGUCAAGACUAUUCCGAUCCAUGAGCAUCUUCGACCACGUCUUUGUGAUACUUAUGAAAAUGAUAGUAUCUUUGACAAAUUUGAGGUAGUGUUCUCUGGCGACGCUAAGAAUGUCAUGACUGGUAGUUAUAACAAUAACUUUAUGAUCUAUCCAUCAGAUCCCGAUAAGGAAGUGGAGGUGGUUCUCCAAGCCGAUAAAUCGGCUUUCAAGGCUAAGAAGGUUGGUGUUCCAACACCAAUCAACCCAUCUGGUAGCCCAACCGCCGCGAAUGGUAAAAAGGGCAACUCUAGGGCAGGUAGUCCAGCUGCUGGUGUCGGUGGUCAAGGUGGAAGGAUGAAGAAAGAAACAGACGCAGACCAAAUCGACUUCAAUAAAAAGAUAUUACAUAUGAGCUGGCAUCCUUUCGAAGACAGCAUUGCCAUUGCUGCAACGAACAACCUUUUCGUUUUCUCCGCAUUGUAG